UCCUUGUGCGGACCGGUGCGCAGUCGACAGCAGCCAUGCGGCGAUCGCAGUUCGCCGCGCUCCUCGGCGUCUUGGCGGCAGUGGCGGCGGCGGCACACGGGGAGCCGCGUUACCCUCACCUGGCAUCAUACGUUCCCGUCCUGGUGCCCAAGCAUUUGGUCCUGGCAGCCGGAUCGCAGGAACUCUCUGAGGAGCGCUACACUCGUCGGCGAGUCACCCCCGAGCAAGAAUCAACCGAGGUUCCUGACGGACCAGCGUCUUACGGGUCGGAACCGUACGGGUCCUCGAGGGAGUCGGCCGAAGAAGACCAUGGAGUGCCUCGGGAGCGUCAGCUGCGUCUUGUCUACGCCCGUAGGCCUCGGAGACCAGCUCCUCCGCGCACGGCAGGAACUCUCUGGAUUCCACGCGCCUCGAGAGGGAUCGAGCCACCGCUGACCACCACGCACUGGCGCGGCAUGGACCAACAGGAAGCCAGCAAGGACGCCUGGAAGCUGGGCAGCCACCACGGACCCGCCGGUGCAGCACGGAUACGACGGCGCCGAGCCGCUACAAAAACACUGGCGCCGUCGAGCACGACAGCCGCGGCCACGGGCUUCAUCCCCAUUGCGGGCCCGUUCGGCGGCGGCGGCGGGCAGGAGCUCGCUUACUCGGCCUUCUUAGACGGCGGCUCAUCCACUCCUUUUCCAGCAGGCUUUUCGAGUUACGCCAGCCCGAGCCGGCAGCAGCACUCGAAGCAGGCCUACGGCGGCGGCUUCGACUACGGACGCUCGACCACGAGCGCAUUCUCAGCCGGCUACGACUCUCUGGGUAGUGGCAACUUCCAGCUCAUCCGCGGUGGAGUGUAUGCCGAUGACCAAGCCAGCUCGAGCCAUGUACCAUACUAUGUGCAGGGACCCAGCAGUGGUUACCAGACCUAUUCAUACGACGAAGACACUGGUGGGCCCGUUCUGGGCUUCCAGGGCUUCGAACACUUCGGUAGCCCCCUCCACAACGCCCUCAGCAAGCACACUCACGUGGUGGGUGCCUCGACGGAGCACAGGACGCGCACAUCAACGCCCAAACCGCCGCCCGUUGGCGAAGACCAAUUGCGGGCCACGGAAUAGGUCAGACCAUCAGUGGUAGUUCUGUGGACAGAGUCAUGUGAUCACGGCGCUGCAGACCACUUCUUUAGAGGUGCUCAAUCACUGGUGUGUGCGGAAACUUAAGUCCAUUCGAGAGGUCCUCUCCACCAAACCAAAUUUAAGAUCAUUCAUUUGGGGGCUUCAAACAUGUGUGGUCGUAAGUCUGGUUCUAGCUUGUAGCAGGAAGAGAUGUGCCCAGUGCAGCGCGUCUUCGAGGUCUAGGCAAGCGUGUCAGCCUUUUCCCGAGACCAAGACAGGCAAGUGGCUGAAGCUUAUUAUGUUUCAUCCGUUUCGAGGCCAGGUGCAGGUCUUCGCAGCACUCAAAGAAGCCAGCCAAAUUAGAUUUGUUGCCUGUGCCUCUUCUUUCAAGUGGAGCCUAAAGACGCGGCUCUAUGGAACUCUGCUACGUGACAAUACACGGCUGUGCUAAAGACGAUGACGUUCGGUGGCUGCGCGGCAGACGCUGAUUGUUCUUUCGUUGUGUCAUAACACAUUUUGUACAGUUUACUAAAGAAACAGCUGGAACUAUACAAACCUUGUAUCGUGAAUAUAUAUAGGACACUACAAUGUGAAAUGCAAUCGAAAGAAGGCAACAGAAUAACAUUGAGUGGCAAUUUCAUGAAGGCUCGAUGAUUCCGCUGAAACUACUUUUAUGAAACACAGACAUUGUAAUGCCUAAAUUUUUGUCAUCAAUGUACAGCUCACACAUUCACAAUAGAUCUCUGGUGUUUUGUACCGUGUUUUCUUUACGUUGGGCACAGAAUCGCGCAAAAUUACGGCUUUUACGCGGUAGUCAGUAUACAAUUAACACUAUUGUCAACUUAGUUCAGUGUCGUUUUCUUUUCAAUAAAGUAUUGGUGUUCA